AAGGAUGCCACUGGAACCAGGUGUGUAAUUGAAGUGCAGCUCGCUAUAAACAAAGACUUUAAGAAACGUGUUCAACUUUGUGCUGCUAAGGCUUACUAAGGCAAUUAGAUAAAUCGGUUAAGGCUUGCUCAAUUAGACAUUGAUUUAAAGAAAGUUUUCUUUAUUGUAAUUUCCAAUUGUAACUUACUCUCUCAAAAGGUUGAUUGUGUAUCUACUCAUAAUAUACAUGAUACAAAAACCAAUGGCUAUUACUUGAAAGAUUUUCAAUUUAUUUUUAUUGAACUACCUAAAUUGUCUAGGAGUAAAGUAGAGCAAUUAAUAAAUAUAGUAGAGCAUUGACGCUUCUUUUUUAAGAAUGCAGAGGAUACCACUGAAACAGAUGUAAAAGCUAGCAUACGAUGGGUUAGAUGAGUUCCGUUGGAAUGAAGAAGAUAAAAUAGCGUAUGAAGAAAGAGGAAUCUAAUGAAUUUACAGAAAGAUAAAGCCAUCCUUGAAUAC